AUGGUAAACAAACAUGGGAUGAAAAACUGGCAAACAAUUGCAUGUGCUAUACCUGGCCGAACUGCGCAUUCAUGCUUGGCAAGAUGGAAAUACAUUCUAGACCCAGCAAUAAACAAAGAGCCUUGGUCGCAACAGGAGGAACUAAGAUUGAUUCGUGCACAGCAAGUUUAUGGAAACAAAUGGUGUAAAAUGCUCAAACAUUUCCCAGGGAGGACAAAUGAUGCACUCAAAGAACACUGGAGAGGUUCUAUGAAAAGAAAACUGGAUUCAUAUUUGGCCUCAGGAUUGCUCGAACACAUUCCAGACCUGCAAGAUGAUGUAUCAUUUCCACAGAGCAAUCAGUCAGAUAUUCCAAAGGACUUCAAAGCUUCAUCUGAUAGAAAUAGAUUUUCAUCACGUUUAUCAACAAACCCCAAACUUAAACAAGAGCUCACAGAACUGGUUGAAAAUGCUAAUACAUCAGCAAGAAAAAGCUCUGACUUAUGCUAUGCUAAAGCAACUGAUACCCAUUCAGCCAAAAUCUCAGAAAUGACAAUGGCCAAAUCACAGCAGUGUGCAGGAACAAGAAAGAAGCUGGCUUUUCUGUCAACCCCAGUGGAGCUCAAGAAUGUUGUACCACAUGAAACCACCAAACAUUGCCAUGAUAUGGAAUCAGAAAAGACAGAGGGCCCACUGUGCAAGAAAAAUGCCCACUGCAUCAAGGAUGGAAAUGAAAUUCUCACUAAAAUGGUUGCCAAACAUGGGAAAAACUGGCAAACUGUUGCAUCUGCUAUACCUGGCCGAGAAGCAAAACAAUGCAGAAUCAGAUGGACACGCAGUCUUGACCCAGCAAUAAACAAAGAGGUUUGGUCAGAACAGGAGGAGCUAAAAUUGAUUCGAGCUCAUCAAAUAUAUGGAAGCCAGUGGCUUAAAAUGGUCAAACAUUUCCCUGGGAGGACAAAUCAUGCACUCAAAGAACACUGGAGAGGUCGUAUGAAUGGAAAACUGAAUUUUUAUUUAGCCUCAGGAUUGCUAGAACAAGUUUCGGACCUGGAAGAAGAUAUAUCAGUUCCAGAGAGCAGUCAGUCAGAAAUUCCGAAGGACAGUGUUCCAGAGAGCAGUCAGUCAGAUAUUCUGAAGGACAGCCAGGGUUCAUCUGACAGAAGUCGACCGCCAUCAGUUUUACGAACACGGCCCAAAUCUAAACAGGAACUCCCAGAACUAGAUGAAAAUGCUGGUACAUCAGGAGAAGAAACUUCUGAUUUCAUUUGUCCUAAAGGGCCCAAUGCUCAUUCAGCCAAAGUUUCUGAAAAGGUAUUGGCUAAAUCAAAGCAGCGUGCCAGAGCCAGAAGGAAAUUGGAUUUUCUGUCAACCCCAGUGGAGCUCAAGGUAUACACUGCUGCAGCAAGUUGUCAAAGGCCUCCCCUGAAAAUGGAUCAAACGAGUCCAGUGGCCGAAAACAUCUCUCCAUCAGAUGUAUGUCAAGACAUUUCACAGAAUGUUCCAUCAGAACAUGUGGAUGCCGUCAUGCCGCUGGCUGCUAAUAACCACCAUCCCAAUGAUUUCCAUUCACCAGCGACCCCAGAUCCAUUCUCUCUUGAGAUGCAUGAGGCGAACGCAUCAGAUCUUCUGGACAUGUCCUACUGUGAUGGCUUGAUAAUCGAUUCUCCUCGUUAUCCACAUGACGGUAGCUUCAUAUAG